GUCGUUUUCUGAGAAGAGACCAUAUUUGUUCGCAGAGGAAGCCGUUGCUUUCUGGGAUCUGGCUAAGGCAGAAAAGACGUCUGCUCCAACAAACGUGUUUCUGGGAGUUGGGAGAGCCAAGGACGCCUCCAAGCUCUGGAUCUGGGGCUGGCUGUCCAUGGGUGCAGCAUCCUCACUCAGCUUGUGAGCCCCCUACCACAAGAGAACAGCCAUGGCCUUAAGGAAUGUGCCUUUUCGCUCUGAGGUCCUGGCCUGGGACCCCAACAGCCUCGCAGACUAUUUCAAGAAGCUGAACUACAAGGACUGUGAAAAGGCAGUGAAGAAGCACCACAUUGACGGGCCACGGUUUUUGAACCUGACAGAAAAUGACAUCCAGAAGUUCCCUAAGCUCUGGGUGCCGAUUCUCAGCAAGUUGAGUCAAGAAAUCAACAAGAAUGAAGAGAGGAGAAGCAUUUUCACACGCAAACCCCAGGUCCAGCGGUUCCCUGAAGAGACAGAAAGCCACGAAGAAGACAAUGGAGGCUGGUCGUCCUUUGAAGAAGAUGACUAUGAAAGCCCCAUCGAGGAUGAGGAAAGGGAGGAUGAUGGCGACUACGAGUCCCCGAACGAGGAGGCAGAGGCACCCGUGGAGGAUGAUGCUGAUUAUGAGCCGCCACCUUCAAACGACGAGGAAGCCAUGCAGAACUCCAUCCUGCCUGCCAAGCCUUUCCCCAACUCCAUAUAUGCGGACCGGUCCCCCUCCGGGAAGGGCCCACAGCAGCCUCCGGUGCCCCCACAGAGACCGUCGGCUGCCCUCCCUCCUCCGCCAGCAGGCCGGAACCUUGCGCAGCCACCACUCCCACCGCAGUCCAAUCACGAAGAGCCUAGUAAAAGUAAAAACCACAAGACAGCAAAGCUCCCUGCUCCUUCCAUAGACAGAAGCACGAAACCUCCCCUCGAUCGUUCACUAGCUCCAUUUGACAGAGAGCCCUUCACACUAGGAAAGAAGCCAGCAUUUUCUGACAAGCCCUCAAUUCCGGCAGGAAGGCCUCUCGGGGAGCAAUUACCCAAGACAUCAAAGCCUCCGAUACCUCCAACCACUGAAAAACCUGAAAGAAGUAGUCCCCUGCCAGGGAAGAAGCCGCCUGUACCAAAGCACGGAUGGGGACCAGAUAGAAGAGAGAAUGAGGAAGAUGAUGUGCAUCAAAGACCUUUGCCCCAGCCAGGGUUGCCCCCCAUGAGUUCCAAUACUUUCCCUUCGAGAUCUACCAAACCAAGCCCCAAGCAUUCCUUCCCUUCGCCUCACAUGUCGGGAGCAUUCUCAGAAAGUAACAGCAAUUUUCCACAGAGCGCCUCCCUGCCGCCGUACUUCUCUCAAGGCGUUAGCAACAGACCACCUCCUCCCAGAGUUACAGCUGAAGGCAGGAACUUUCCCUUGCCAGUUCCAAACAAACCUUGGCCACCGUCGCCUGGGGAAGAUGAGAAUUCAUUAGAUGAAGAAUGGUACGUUUCUUAUAUUACCCGAACAGAGGCAGAAGCGGCUCUUAGAAAGAUAAACCAGGACGGUACUUUUCUGGUUAGAGACAGCUCUAGGAAAACAGUAACCAAUCCAUAUGUCCUCAUGGUGUUGUACAAAGAUAAAGUUUACAAUAUCCAGAUCCGUUAUCAGGAGGAGAAUCAAGUUUAUUUGUUGGGAACUGGGCUCCGAGGGAAAGAGGACUUUUUGUCUGUGGCAGAUAUUAUCGACUACUUCAGGAAAAUGCCACUUCUGCUCAUUGAUGGGAAAAACCGAGGUUCCAGAUACCAGUGCACCUUAACGCAUGCUGCAGGGUAUCCGUAGCAAGUCAGCCGAGCAAAUGAAACUUCCUCCUGCCUCUUUUGCCCACAUGGGAAGAUCAAUCACCCUCAGCAAACAGACAAACACUUUGAACUGAGUAGAAUUCCUCAACGUGGGAUACAAGGGUUUUGUCCUUUCAUUUAAAAAAAAAAAAAAGUUAGAAAUGAAGACUGUCAAAUACCCCAUAAUUUAUUUAUUAUGCUUCAAUGUUUGUAAAGUGCAUGAGUAAUAAUGUUCACACUUAAAGUCUAGAAGUGCACUGUAAUAAUUCAUUUAAGCAAAAUAGAUGUGUAUUUUUGAAUACCCAUUUCAAAGUAAAGUCGUUUACCCAGCCACAGAAAUAAUUUGGGGCAACUUUAAAGACAUGAGACCAUGUGGUUUUUGGCUUCUCAUAAAACUGAUUGUUUUAAAAAUAGACAAACCUUUGUCAGUCAGAGGCAAUCACUGGUUUUAUACAAAUAAUUUGAAAAUUACUAAAAUACACUUUCUCAGCAGAAAUAAUUUAAGAGGCUUAAAAAUAUAAUUUCAUUCAUUCUUAUUUGGUGAUUUUUUUCUGGGGGGACUUUUGUGUACUUUUUAAUGGAAAGAUAAAUUGCAUGUUGGGAUAACUGCCUGGAAUUAAAAUUAAUUUGCCUUUUUGCUUUA